CACUCAUAUCACCGAUUCAAUUUCUCGCGCACCGAAUAUUCCUCCGCCGCCGUUGAUCCCGGCGACGAAUUGAUCUCCGAUUCAGUUAUAGUUUCUAUUUGAUCUUUCUCAUACACGCGUGAUCUUCGUCAUGGAUCCGUCGCGCCAGCGUGUCGAGCAGUCUCAGGUAACUCUUCCUCACGUUGAUAUCUAUGGUGAUGAUAACGAUGGUACGGAACCUCGUGGUGUGGUAGAAGGAAACUGCGACAUGGUUAUUGAAUUAGGAAUGGGAUCCGGAAGCGUUUUUAUUGAGAAUAUAGGUCAUGAUAGUAGCGAUGUUGAUGUUAACAACCACAAUAAUGAUGAUGAUGAUGAUCUCUUCGUUGAGAGGAGGGAUUCCGUGCUUGAGGAUAUCAUAUCGCCGGGAAGUGAUAUCCGGUUGAUUACAAUCGAAUCUGGUUCUGAUGAUGAUCAUGAGAAUGAGAGAGAGAUGUGGGGGAUCGAUUUGAAUGAUGAUGAUGAUGAUGAUGAUGAUGAUGUUGGUGUGACUAUACCUCUUUGUUGGGAUUCACUCCAAGUAGAAGAUAGUCCUGAGGAUUUUGAUUGGGAGGAAGUUGAUGGUGGGAGGGAUGAAAGGGAGAUACUAACCGGUUUUGCAGUAAUUGAUGAUGAUGGUGGUGGUGAUGGUUUGGAGGAUGAAAGAGAGAUACUAACCGGUUUUGCAGAAAUUGAUGAUGGUGGUUUGGAGGAUGAAAGGGAGAUUGAGAUACUAACCGGUUUUGCAGAAGCUGAUAUCGAUGAUGACGACGGUACUUCGGUCUCUAUCUCCAUCUCACCGAUGAUCUCUUCAGAAGGUUUAGCCACAGGGGAAAGAGCAGAGGGCUCGGGGAAUCUCGAGUGGGAAGUCUUGCUGAACUCUCACACGCUAGAGAUCAACUUUGAUGUGGAAAACAGAGAGAUCUUUAUCGGUGGUGGUGAUCACGAUAUUAACAUUAAUGCACCCGAGUACGACUUGUUGUUUGAACAGUUUUCUCAAGCCGGUCUUGCCAACCUCCGUCUCCCUCCAACGUCUAGAUCUUUCGUCAAGGAUCUCCCAAUGGUUCAGUUGGUUGCUGAGAAGGAUGAAGGUGCCGUCUGUGCGGUUUGUAAAGAUGAGAUGAAUAUGGGUACCGAAGCUGUUGGGCUGCCUUGUGAUCAUAAGUACCAUGGUGAAUGCAUUGUACCGUGGCUCAAAACGAGGAACACAUGUCCUGUUUGUCGUUAUGAAUUGCCUACAGAUGAUAGACUAUGAGCAAAGGAAGAGCCAGAGAACAACAACUAGUAGCGACAAUAUAUGGUAAAUGGAUUGGUAAGCAUCGUCUAUAUAUAAUUUUGUCUUUAUCUUGAAGAAUAUGUAUAUUCAAUGUUUGGAUUGAGUCAACCUUUAUCUUAGUUUAUUUUUUAUCUUGUAUUUUCGCCUCAUUGUGUGAGCCAUGUGAUGUGACGAUGGUUUAAGCAAUAGAGGAUAGCCUUUAUAUAUACAGUUUGUUUUUGUUUGUUUGAAAAACAAAAUCUCCGAUCAUUCAAUCA